CUAAGAUGUAAUGUUCAGUUUUGAGGGUGAAAAUGCGAGCAUUGGGAGUUAUUUUUGUAGUCCUAGGUUUGGCGAAUGCUUCGCCCUUACUUGAAAAGGGUCGUCACCAUUCCAGCCGUGGUGAUGAAGAAAUUUACAUGACUACGGCCGAAAUAAUUGUGAAUCGAGGCUACCCGGUGGAGCUACAUUACAUCGAAACAUUGGACGGAUAUUUGCUUGAAGCGCAACGUAUUCCGUACGGGAAAUAUUCGGGCCCUGCUCCCAACAAACCGGUGGUAUUCCUCCAGCAUGGCUUACUAUCAUCAUCAGCUGAUUGGAUUAUCGGACACACCGAAAGUGCCCUUGGUUACUUACUGGCUGACGCUGGAUAUGACGUAUGGCUUGGAGCCGUCCGAGGUAAUACCUAUGGCCGCAAUCACACCACCCUUAGUCCAGACAAUGAUUCUUCUUUUUGGGAUUUUUCGUUUGAUCAAAUUGGCCAGUAUGACGUACCCGCCAAUUUGCGAUAUAUUUUAGCGUACACGAAUCAAGCAACUUUGAGCUAUGUUGGACACUCGCAAGGAACUUUAUCGUUCUACAUAGCGAUGGAAACCAAUCCCGACCUUAAUGAGAAAGUCAAUAUGAUGUUUGCUCUGGCCCCCAUAACCACCGUUGCUCAUAUGAGGAGCCCCUUGCGACUGAUUGCUCCAUACGCGGAUAACCUGGAGGUUAUUGCCAACUUGCUUGGCAUUGAUGAAUUCCUACCGAGCAGCGAUUUCUUUGAUUUGAUGGGUCAAGAAGAAUGUCAAGUUAAUAGCACUAGUAUUAUUAUUUGCGAAAGCAUUCUAUUCCUUAUAUGCGGACCGGAUAUAUCAGAACUCGACCCGAGCUUAAUUUCGCUUAUUGUGUCGCACACGCCAGCUGGAACAAGUGUUCAAAAUAUGCUUCACUACGCUCAAGAGUAUAAUUAUGCUUAUUACGCGCACUAUGAUUUUGGAAAAUUGGGCAACGCAAACAAUUACGGGCAGGAAACACCGCCAUUGUACAACGCAGGCAAAGUCACAGCACCUAUGAUCACCUUUUGGGGUGACAACGACUGGCUGGCCGAUCCUGUCGAUGUCGCUUGGGCCGAAUCUCAAUUUCCCAAUUUGAGAGAGAGUAUCCACAUUGCUCCUUUUAAUCACCUUGACUUCCUCUGGGCUAUCCAUGUCAAAGAGCUCGUCAAUGAUGUUAUCCUUGCCAAUCUGCCCAUCAAACCCCAACCGUGAAAAAGAACGUGACAAGGGACGACACAAUUCACAAACAAGGGACCACCUUCUAUGCCUUAUGAUCGAUUCUUGGAAAUUUAGUUUUUGCGUUUAUGGUGACGCUUCAAUAAAUCUAUAGAGCAGCCUUGCCUUUUA